CUCCGUUCAGUCACAUGACUCCAUCUGCUUCCUGUUUCUUUCCGACAGAUCAACUCUCCUUCUGGAUCAACCCGCAGAACUGGAACCGUAAAACCCUGCUUUGGUUAUUGUUUUUGGAAGAGUAGUUGCGGGGAAAGUUCAGCUGCAGAACUCGGUUCAAAACACAGCGUUUUAAUGCAGCUCGUCCCAGUGUUCUGGAGGCGGCGGAGCGUCGUGUUGGCGGUUUGACAAGUCAAGUUUCUACUAUAAGUGUUUUAUUGUAAAUUGAAUACAUGCCGAGCUGACACCUGGAUUCUACAGAUUCUGAAAGUUAAGACGACAUUGUGUGUAAAGGUUUGUAAAGGAGGUCUGCGCUGAGGACGCCUUAAAUCGACUGUUUUCCGAAUGGAAUUUGGUUUCCUGCAUGUUCCCUCAAAAUAACAGAGAUGCAGUGGAGUGUAGAAACAGUUUACUGGGUUUAUUGCAACAUCAGACACUGAGAGCAGACAGAAGAUUAGAGGUCAAAGUCAGCUGCUGCACCUACAGAGAUCAGAGUUAAUGUCUGUAAAUCCUGGAGGAUAUCUGAGUGGAUCCUCAUUCCUAGAGAUAGUGUUUCUGCAGCCCUGGGUUGUGCAAUUUUACAAAAAAAAAGCCAACACUUUACUCCAGGACCUUUACUUGUAAUUGAGUAUUUUUGCAGUAUGAUAUUUGUGCUUCUACUUCACUGAAUAUAUUUCCCUGCAUCAAACCACUGAUUUUCUCUAACCUAUGGGGCGGCAUAGCUCAGUGGGUAGAGUGGCCGUCUUGUAAUUAGAAGGUUGCCGGUUCGAUUUUCGGCCUGUUGUGCUCAUGUCGUGGUGUCCCUGAGCAAGACACCUAACCCCUAAUUGCUCCUUGAUGGGUCGUGGUUAGCGCCUUGCAUGGCAGCUCCCGCCAUUAGUGUGUGAAUGGGUAAAUGUGACAUAUCAUGUAAAGUGCUUUGGAUAAAAGUGCUAUAUAAAUACAACCAUUUAUCUAACCAGCUUAUAGAUAUUCAGUUUAUGUUAUUUUCUUUCAUAAUUUGUACGUAGUAAGUUCAUAAUGCAAUACAAAGAAAACCCAGUGGACUGUUUUAAAAAUGCCCACUUGAAUAAUAUUACAUGGAACUUUGCAGAACACAAAAUUAGCUUAGAGAGAAUAAUAUGACUAAAUAAAAGUUACAGCAAACUAACAGUAACAUAUGAAUGAUAACAACAACAAACUAUUACUAUUGCUGCUAUUACCUCCACAUAGUUCCUGUUAGUUCAUGAUGGAUUCUGUUAGCUCUUGUUAGAUACAGAAAACACCUGUUAGAUAAAGAUAGUUCAGGUUAGCUUCUGAUUAAGCUUGUUAAACUAGCUCCAGAAAGUUCCUGAUGAGUCUUGGUGGCUAUCUUGUCCUGUAGAUUUAUACAACUACUGUUAGCUCUCAUGGGUUUCUGAUAGCUUCUAUGGUUUCCAGUUACCUCUUGUUGGCUGCUGCAAGCUCUGUUUAGCUCAAGUAAAUUGUAACAAACUAUCUCCUGUUAUCAUCUUUAAUGUCCAGUUAAUGCCUGUUAGCUCCAGUGAGCAUGUAUUAGCUCCAGGUAGCUUUUGUUAGCUACUGAUAGCUACCUGAUAGUGCUAAUUAAUCACAAUUAGCUACUGUUAGCUCUUAAUGACUCAAGUGGCUGUAGAAAAGUCCCACUAUCUCCAGUUAGCUCUCCUUGGCUGCUGUUACUUGCAAAUAGCUUCUAUUACAUGUUAGUCCCUCAAUUGCUCCCGUUAGCCUCCACAGCUACAGAAAAUGACUGCUAGCUCCAGAUAGCUCCUAUUAGAUGGAUCUUAUUAGCUUUUGAUAGCUGCUCAUGUCGCUACAAAAACUCAUGUUAUCACCAGUUAGCUUCUGUUAGGGCUGCUAAUGAUGUGUAUGUUGAUGUGCUAAUUGAUUAAUCGUCUCAGUAGUUGUACCUCUCAUGUAAACAUUUUUAAAAACCUUAAAAUUUGAAGUUUCAACUUUCACAGGUUCCUGAAGCUGAGCGGGUGGAGUUAGCGGUUAGCGGCUUCAUCUCCACUCAUUUGCAAAGACACAAAACAAAAUGCCUUCAAAUGGAUCAGUGUCAGAUGCUCCAAUCACUCAGUUCAUCAAUUGCAGGAUACUGAGAGAUCACAAGCUGCAGAGAGAGGACCUGUGGGUGCGUGAAGGCAGGAUUUUAGAUCCAGAAAAGCUGUUCUUCGAUGAGCUGGGCUACGCUGAUGAACGCAUCGACUGUGAAGGCAGCAUUAUUGCCCCAGGAUUCAUAGAUGUCCAGAUCAACGCUUCAGAAAACUCCUGUUAACUCCUGUUCUGCAGGAGGUUACGGCAUCGACUUCUCUAGGGUGUCUGAGGAUGUCAACGGUGGAGUUUCAUUUGUGGCCAAAAAGAUCCUGGAACAUGGAGUGACGUCUUUCUGUCCAACUCUGGUCACGUCUCCGACUGCCAUCUACCAUAAGGUUUUGCCUCAAGUCAAAGUUCACAACGGAGGGCAGCAUGGAGCUGGAGUUCUUGGUUUCCAUCUGGAGGGUCCGUUCAUCAGCGCUGCGAAGAAGGGAGCCCACCCAGAGCAGUACCUCAGAACCUUCAGCUCAGGAGGGGUCCAGGACCUGAUGGAGGUCUACGGCAGCCUGGACAACGUUGCCAUGGUAACACUGGCUCCUGAGCUGGCCAACAGCCAAUCAGUGGUGAGGGAGCUCAGUCAGAGAGGCAUCACUGUGUCCUUAGGUCACUCGGUGGCCAACCUGUCUCAGGCUGAGGAGGCUGUUCAACACGGAGCCUCCUUCAUCACUCACCUGUUCAACGCCAUGCUGCCGUUCCACCAUCGUGACCCCGGUAUCGUGGGUCUGCUGACCAGCGAUCAGGUGCCCGAAGGCCGGACUGUGUAUUAUGGGAUGAUAGCUGACGGGAUCCACACCAACCCUGCAGCGCUGCGAAUCGCCCACCGAGCUCAUCCUUCAGGUUUGGUUCUGGUGACAGACGCCAUCACAGCGAUGGGUCUUCCUCCAGGGCAUCACACUCUGGGUCAGCAGGUCAUCGAGAUCCAGGGUCUCCAUGCUUACGUGGCAGGCACUAAGACGCUCAGCGGCAGCAUCGCCACCAUGGACAUGUGUGUGAGACACUUCAAACAGGCUUCAGGCUGCAGUGUAGAAGAAGCUCUGGAAGCUGCUUCCCUCCAUCCUGCUCAGCUGCUGGGAAUCAGCCACAAGAAGGGAAAGCUGGACUACGGCUGUGACGCAGACCUGGUUCUGCUCGAUGACGCCCUCAACGUCAGAGCCACAUUCAUCUCUGGAGAAGAAGUUUGGAGAAAAGAACUGUAGAAGAAGAAGUAUGGAAACUGUCAAGACCUUCUGUGCCUUUAGUUUCUGCGCUGUGGGAGAUGACUUUUAUGAAACUGCAUCCAGACUCUUUACAGUUUAUUAUUUUAGUAUUAAAGUCAGUGUUACUGUGUGACGAUGUACCUCUGUAGAGCAAUAACUGGACUGUUAUUAUGUAUUUUUUCAACAGAGGAGAGCUGUGAUAUUAAACACUUGACAACA